GGGAAGGGGGUGCUGAGCCGGGUGUCCCCAUGAGCACAGCAUCCCCAUGGAUGUGGGGCUGGAUCCUGUUCCCCCACUGGUGCACACCCCAAGUCCCAUCCUGGGGAAGUGUGGGGCAGGAUAAGGCUGUGCUGCGAUGGGAGGGCAGCACUGUGCUCGGGGGUGCAGGGUGCUGGGGUGGUCCCAAGUGACAAGGGUCCCCAGUGACCCCUCACUGUCCCAGCCUUGGCUAAACAAGUUGGCAGCAGGAUGUCACUGCCACCUGCUUCCAGCCCCGGCUGCACAGUGCCUGCUCUGAAGCUGUGCCCAGCCAUAGGGCAUCCUGCUCCCUGUCCUGCUCCUUGGCACCUGGCCUCGCUCAGGGAAGCCUCUGGCACCCGCAGGGUUGCCCCGAGGCCGGCCGGGCCGGCUUGGCCUGUUCGGGGCAGGCGCCUGGCACACCCCGGCUCACUGCCUUUCUCCCCUGGCACCUGUGGAGCCAGCCAGCCCCAGGAGUGCCCUGCAGCCCAGCUGUGCCAGCUGGAGCGUGUCCAUGUUCCCUGUCCUGCACCCAGACCGCAGCCAGGGUGCUCCGCAGCUGGAGGACCAUGGCUGGGGUGUGCUUGUGACAGGGUGCAGUGAUCAGGACUUGCUCCUCCUUGCUAGAGGGGACCAUGACUGGGGGCACACUCAGUGGCAGGAGGGGACCACAGGGAAUGAGGGGACAGUGGUGAUAGGAGCACGGAGGGGUGGAGGAAGGAGUGCCACAGGCAGAGACCAAAGGGACAAUCUGUUAACUUUCAGUUGACAUUUCUGUGGCUGUGCCAAGGGGAGGGAGCUGCUCCAUUCCAUCUCAUGCCCUGAAGGAUAGCUGCGGGUGGUAUGGCAUGGUCCUGCCUCAGGACUGUUGGCACAACCUAGGCAAAUACUGACAAGAGGCCUGUGGCAGGCACCAGGAUCCCCUGUCCUGCUGUCAGCACAGUCACCAGCACUGCCACCACCAGAGUAGUGCAGGUCUGGGACAAGGGCACCCUGAGUGCCUGGUUGUCCCAGCCCAACCCAAGCCAUCUUCACCAUGCCAAACAGGGAGCAUUGCUCUGCUGUCACAGGGGCAUUGCACAGCCCUGCAAGGGCCACCCACUUUCCCCUUGUCCCUUGGCAUGGUGGCAAGAGCUCUGUGGACACCAGGGGCAUGGGGGGCUGGGAUCCCAAGGCACUGGGGCUCAUCGGUGCCAGAGUCCCUGGUUACCCUGGACAUACUGGAUGUGGGGGUCCUUGGGAAUGCCAAGGACACCCAAACCAGCCUUUGUGGUUACCAGAGUUGCCAGGGGUCCCAUGGGUGCUGGGGAUCUGAGAGAAAUACCUGUACCUGGAUCUACCCCAAUACCUGUGUGUAUACACAUCAGGGGUCCCAUGGACCCCGGCCCCAGGGAUGCUGAAGGUCCUGAGGGGCCAUGGAAUGUUUGGGAGGUCUGGGAGCUUCAAAAGAUCCAGUGUGCCCUGGGGAUCCUUGUGACUCUGGGGUGCCCUAGGGUCACCAUGUGAGAGUUCCAUGUGCGGGAACACCCACAUGGAGUUCCCAAGGGCUCCCAGAGGUCCCUGUGACUCUGGAGGCUCCUGGGGUCUGGAAGUCCUUGUGAAGGCCUCUGGGAUCCUUGUGACUCCAACAUCUCAGAGGUCCUGGACGUGCUGGGGGCCACUGUGACUUAGAGGUCCUGGGUGCCCCAAUAGUCCCUGUGACUCUGAGGUCCCAGAUGUCCUGGGUAUCCCAGGGGUCCCUGUGAAUCAGAGAUCCUGAAUGUCCCCGGGGCUACUUGUAGCUCUAGGGUCCUGUGGUCCCUGUGGUCUCUGUGACUCCCGGGUCCCAGAGGUGCUGGAUGUCCUCACGGUCCCUGUGACCCCAGGGUUCCAGACGUGCUGGAUGUCCCGGGGAGUCCCUGUGACUCCCGAGUCCCAGAGGUCCUGCAUGUCCCGGCGGUCUCUGUGACUCCCGGGUCCCAGAGGUCCUGGAUGUCCCGGGGGCCCCUGUGACUCCAGGGUCCCAGAGGUGCUGGAUGUCCCCGCGGACCCUGUGGCUCGGGGGGUCCCGGGGGUCCCCGCGGCGCCACCCCCGUCGGGCCCCAGGUGAGCGGGGGCGGAGCCUCAGUGGCGGCCAUGCUUCGCCCCUCCCCCCAGUGCUCUCAGCCAAUGGGCGCCGGGCGGGAGGGCAGGCCCCACCCCUCUCUUUAAAAGCCGCCCCCCGCGCCCGGCGCUGCCAGAGAGGGGAGUGCUCGCCCAGUCGCUGCUGCCUUGUCGUGAUGGACUGACCGCACGCCCGCACCGCCCCACACCGCCCGCCACGAGCUGACACCAUGAACCGGCUGAUCCUUUGCACACUGCUCCUCUUGGCUCGUGGGGAGCUGGCCAGGGCAUGUCCUGCAGGCUGCCAGUGCCAUGACCUCAAGACCAUCCUGUGUGCGGCCAGGAGGGGCCAGACGGUGCCCCAGGGGCUGCCCCCCAGCACCCUCUCCCUCUAUGUCUUUGAGAACGGCAUCACGACGCUCAGUGAGGACAGCUUUGCAGGGCUGCCUGCCCUCCAGCUCCUGGACCUCUCGCAAAACAAGAUCACCAGCAUCCAGAGAAAUAUCUUCCAGCCCCUGACAGAGCUCGUCAACUUGGACCUGUCCUCCAACCAGCUGCAGGAGAUCACCAAUGAGACCUUCCAUGGACUGCGGCUGCUGGAACGGCUCUACCUGCAGACGAACAGGAUCCAGCACAUCCACGCUGCUGCCUUUGACACACUGGAGAAUCUGCUGGAGCUAAAGCUGCAGAACAACCAGCUCAGGGCUGUGCCCCCCCUUGACCUGCCCAACCUCCUGCUACUGGACAUCAGCUGGAACAAGAUCCCUGCCAUUGCACCAGGGGCUUUCCAUGCCGUCAGCAUUGAGUCCCUGAAGAUCGCAGGGCUGGGCCUGACGAGCUUAAACGAGGAGCUCUUCCAGGUCCAGAACAAUCUCCAUGAGCUGGACGUCUCUGACAACCUGCUGGAGCGCGUCCCAGCAGUGCUGCGGCGCCUGGGCAGCCUCACCAGGCUCAGCCUGGCCGGCAACGCCCGCAUCUCCCAGCUGCUGGCCGAGGACUUCCAGAGCCUCCACAACCUCCAGGAGCUGGACAUCAGCAAUCUCAACAUCAACACCAUCCCUCGAGAUUUCUCCGGCUUCUUCCCCAGGCUGCGGGCCGUGACGGCUGCGGGCAACCCCUUCAACUGUAUCUGCCAGAUGAGCUGGCUGGUGCAGUGGGUGAACGCCAGUGGUGUGGUCCUGCGGCGCCCUGAGGAGACGCGCUGCCACUUCCCCCCAAAAAACUCCGGCAAGCUCCUCCACCACCUGCAGUACACUGACUUUGGCUGUCCCACCACCACCCCCACACCCACCACACCCCGCACCACCACGCUGCCACCGCCUGCGCCGCUGCCCAGCACCCAUCGCCCGCCGCCUGCCCCCAGCACUGCUGCACCCACCCUGAGGCCCAGAGAGCCCCAGGACAGCUCCACACUGGUGCCCUUCAGUGGUGCCCCGGCCCCCACCAGCCCCCCAGCGCCCAUCUGUCCCCCCCGCACGUGUCUGAACGGUGGCACCUGCCAGCUGGGUGCCCAGAACCUCCUGGAGUGCCUGUGCCCCGUGGGCUUUGCCGGUGUGUACUGUGAAGUGGAGGCGAGGGGAACGACGCUGGCCCCGGGCACGCCAGCCCUGCCACCUGCACAGCGAGUCAGCAUCGCCCAGGUGGGCAGCACCUCCCUCAAAGUGAACCUGCACAACUACGUCCAGUCCAAGGCGCAGCUGAAGGGAAUCCGCCUGAGCUACCGGAACCUGUCGGGGCCAGACAAGCGGCCGGUGAUGCUGCGCUUGCCGGCCUCGCUCUCCGAGUACACGGUGCGGGCACUGAAACCCAACUGCACCUACCGCGUCUGCAUCGGGGCGCUGGGGGAGCUCCCCAAGGAGGAGCACUGCGCCGAGGCACAGACCCUGCCCCUCAGCCUGCAGCAGCACUCCCCCGUCACCCAGAGCCAGGACCCCAACCUCGCCCUGAUCCUCAUCCCUGUGCUGGCCGCCGCGCUGCUGCUGCUACUGGUGGCCGCUGCUGCCAUGUACUACUGCCGGCACCGCCAGGCCAAGGCACACACCGGCACUGGGGUAGACACCGGCCCACUGGAGCUAGAAGGGGUGAAAGCCUGCCUGGAAAACGGGGAUUUGAGCGGCUGCAAGGUGCCAGAGGCAGCGAUGCUUUCUGGUAGCUCUGAGUGUGAGGUGCCACUCAUGCAGUCGCACUACCCCAGCAACAACAACACCCCGGGGCUCAAACCCUCCUACUUCUGAACCCACAGGGCUUCCAGAGCCUUGGACACAGGAGGGCUGAGCUCAGUGGCAGCACCUGGCCAUGUCCCUCUGGGAUAUAGAUUGCCAAGGAGCUGACUGAAUUGAGGCAGAAACCCCCCCAGGCCCACAACGUGCAAUUUCUGAGAGGCUGCCACGCUUUGGGAGGAGAUAUGAAUUUUACUGCUCUGUGCCUUGAUUUCUGUGACUCUACCUAGAAUAUGGGUAGUGGAAGAGGAGGGGGGGUUAAUUUGGGGGUCAGUGGGGCUUUUUUUAGCUCCUGCUAAAGAGAAAGCUGCUGUGGCUUUCGAGAGAAAAGGCUGAGGGAUGCCCACGUGCUGGUAACAAGGGUCCUUCAGUGGAGCACGGCCCAUGACUCGACUCCCUGGAAGCUGAUGUGAGCAAUACGGCCCGGCCGAGGUGCUGGGACCCUCGGGACCCCCCGGGCCAAAGGAAGUGCCGAGCAGGCAAACCGGGAAUUGAAGCUUUAAGAACUCAGAGAGAAUAUUUAUACACCGUUAUUUCCCAUUUCUUCUGGGAAAACUUUUUUUAGUACAGGUUUGCGUACAUCUCUUUUGUAAGGCAGAUCAGAAGGGUGUCUUUUUGUAAAAAAAAAAAAAAAUACCAAACCCAAAAUAAUUAAAACAACAACAACGAAAAGUUCUGUGCAGCCCUGAGCACCACGGCAGGCAGUGCCCGUCACAGGCAGGGGUGUGGGCAGCGCUGCGUGUCCCCUGCAGAGGAGCGGGAAGGCCAGCCGUGUUCUCCCGUUGUUGUUGGCGAGCGCCGGGAUGAGUCAGGGCAAGGGAGGGGGGAGUUUUCCCGACUCUGGGCGUUUUUACCCCUAGGGCGCUGCCCCCCACCUCGGGCGCUGAGGAGGUGUUCCCAAAACAGAGGCCACGGGGUUCAAAUCAGCCCCUGCCCUGCGCAUCAUCCAGCCUUACUUCAUCCCUCCCUGCCUGCCAGAUGGCUCCGGAGCCAGCUGCGGGACAAACAGCCCAGCCCAACCUCCUGACGUCACCCGCGGCAGCACCGGGACCCCCAAAUCGCCCGUGACAAGUGUCAGUCCUGCGUGCCCCUCCUAGGCCGGGGGCCGCAGCCAGAACCCCCCACUGCCCGGCCCCAGAACAGCCGGUUUUGUGCGCUGGCCCUGGCGGGGUGGGCUGGGAGCCGACGCUCGGCAGGUUCCCGCUGCCAAGUGGUUUCUGCUCCAACCCUCUGGUUUUAAUCGUUUUCCAAUCCUUUAUCUUUCGGGCUGGAAUUUUCCAGGUUGGGGCCCUGCCCGCCGAGGUAUGUUUGAUUUGGAGAGGACGAGCACCGCGCGGGGCUGAAGCCGAGGGUCACCGCCGUGCCGCUCCGGGCCGGCCGCUCCGCCGCAGGACACGGCCCUGACCCCCGGCCCCUCGGUGCCGCUCGCCCGGGGCAGGGAGCGGCUCUGGAUGCAAUUAGGGGCGCGGGGCGUCGGCGGGGCCGUCUGGCGCAGCCCCCCGGCUCCCAGGUGGGCUUCCGGCAGGGCUGGCUCCCAUUAGGGCCGGCGCAGCGGCAGGAGGGGCCCCUCGCCGGCGCGGGCGGCUCGCUGCGAUGGCCACGCUCGCCCGCUCAAAGGGCCCAUUGUGGUCCUCUCCCCACAGAUUUUUCAAAUUAACAUCCCAAAUUCCUCCCAAAAUUGCUGCUGUGUAAAUAUUUUCACUGCGAGCUUUGUAUAUUUUCCAGCCUCGCGAGGAGGAGAGAAGAAAAGUCCCUGGCGGAGCCUCGGCCUCGCGCCGGGUGCACCCGGCGGGCCCCGCCACGGCCCCCCGAGCCCGGGCCAGCCCCCGGCGUGUCCCCGCGUCCGCACCGGCGUCAGGAGCCCUCCGGCACCUCCUGGCCCCUCACUUCCCCCCUCCUUUGCUUCCAUGAUGUGCCCUUCCCCUAACGAAGCUGAUUUCUCCACUUCCAAGUAGCUGGAGGUUUGCAGGGGACCCCCCAUGCGAUGGGGACGACCCCUUGGCACCUCAGCUGAUCCCACUGUUCUGGAGGGGCUUCCAGCAGCUCCAGAGUGAGGGAGCUUCAGUGGGGAUGCCGGGAGGGCAGAAGCAAAGUUGGGGCUCAGCUUUGGCAGGUGCAGCACCCCGAGCCAACGAUUUUGGGGUGCCAGCUGCACAAGGGGGGCAGCAGGGCUCAGCCUUGGCACGGAGGUGAUGGGGACUCUGCAGCCAGGGCAGCGCUCGGCCACCACCCACACCCACAUCUGCACCCGGGCAGCCCUGCGGGGGAGCAGCAGUGCCCAAAAUGGACUGUCCAGCUCCUGUGGCUUCCUGAAUCCCAGCACAAAAUUCCCCUGGCCACUGCCAGCCCCGUCGCGCGCUAAGAGCCGCUCCGAGCGGCACAUCGUGCGGCGCUGCUAAUUCCUGCGAGCUGAAUCAGCGCCGACAAGGAUUGCAAAACCCCCUGAAAUGGACCCAAAAAAAAUCUCUGUGCGAUCCAGCGGGGCCGGUAAGCGAGAGCCCCGGCCAGAGCCACCGGCAGGAUGGGGGCUCGGCGGGGAGCCACAACGGGAGGAGCUGCCGGCUUCGUCGGGGCAAAUCCUGUCUGCAUCCUGACGUGGCAAGGGCUGGAGGGCUCUGGUCUCCCAAAAAUCACCCCUGGUCCCACGCAUGGUCCCACGGAAGCCAAAGACAUGUCCAGGUUCCCUGGGUCCCCCAUAUCUGGAGCAGAGCCCCGAAGGGGUCAUGCCUCGGUGCCAGGGGUCCGGAUGCCCACUCUCUGGGGGGAGGACAGGUGUGUGCUCAUCAUCAGAUCCCAGUGCUGCCAGGAAGAGCUUUGGAGCUCAUCAUCUUCCUGGAAAGCUGGGGAGGCCAGGGAGCACCGUCUGGCCACUGAGGCUGUGGCUCAUCUGGGAGUGAUUUGGGCGCUGCCAUCCCGCCCCAGCGCUGGGCUAUUUUUACCCAGUGGAAUUACGGGACAGGCGACAUGGGCUGAGUGGUUGCCCCGCCUUAACCCCUUCAUGUGGCUGGCCAGUAGCACCAUGGGGAUGGGUCCCACUGAGGUGGCAUCUGAUGGGGUGGGGUGGCCUCUCCCCUUCCUUGUUUCUGAGGCUGGCAGCCAAACUGGGGCAGGAAAAACCCCUUUCCCAAUGAUGGCAAGCACAUGACAACCCAGGCACCUCUGGGAUCUGCAGGGGGACUAGGACAGGGAUGGGGACAGGAAUGGACCUGUGCUGCUCAGAGUUCUUCCUGCUGAGGUGGGUUUUUUCAGAGACCCACAAAACACCUAUCAUGACCCAAAAGGGCUGCUAAGCCCCACAGAAAAGCAGUGCAGAGGGUGCUGGACAGGACAUGAGCAGGACUGGCCACUGAGGUCCCACUGCAGCUGGUGCCUGGGGAGAGGUGGCAGAGUGACAGUGGGAUCAUGUGCCUUGGUGGGGUCAGGUGCCUUGGUGCUGGGAGAUGCCAGGGCUGCAAGCCUGACCCCAGGAGCUGGCUCAACCACAGCCUUUGGCUGGGGCAGGGGUGGGUGUUAGGGACUGACACCUGGCCGUGUCCCCAGGGCCCCCUCCAUGUCCUGCUCCAGCUCCGGGGGAGUCAGCCCCAAAUCCCCCCACAAAUACCAUGCUGUGCCAACUCCCUGCUACAGGCAGGUCCUGGCUCUGGCACCUCCUGGGUGGGGAUCCAGCUGUCGCCAUCUCUCAGCCCCACCACCAUCCUGGUGGGACAUGUCCAUUGUUGGAACAUGCCAUGGGGACAUGGCUUCCUGGAACCUCUGCUGACCCUGGCAUCUCAUCCCUACUGAUCCAGCCAUAGCACCCCAGCCUCUCUGGGGACAUUUUCAGGACAUGGAAAGAAGCAGUGAUGCAAGGAAGCUGCUGUUCUCCUGUCACCACAGUGGGGACAGCACUGUCCCCAGGCACUGCUGUGCUGGCUGCCGGGCGUGGGGCAGCGGGGUCUGGUCGGUGACCCCCAAGUUGGAGCCAGUAACCCAACCCCGCUAGUGCUGGUUACAAUUUAGGGCAACAAUAACCUAUUGAGGCCCCUUCCUGGCUCCUGCCCUGCUGCUCCUUGAUCUAAUUAAAGGGGGCCAGGGGGACAAAACCCGACCUGAAGGAACAGCAGGUAGCCAGGGGUGGUACACUGAGGACCAGGAUAUGGAGAGGGGCCACCCACAUAUCCCACCUCCUGUUCCCUCUCAGUCUGGGCAUUGCUGGAGUCAGCCCUUGAGCAUGGCCCUGACAUGCUCGGGGUGCUUUGAAAAUGACGUUUGUGUGGUCAAAAAUAUCUCACCUGGUCAGGAUCUGGGAAAGAGAACCACCGAAAGGCACAUGCUGAUGUGGAGGUCCAUGGGGCUGGUGCCUCCCACUCUCUGCCCUCUUCCAGGGAUGCUGGAUAGGGCACAAUCAGCCUGAAGGGUUUAGUGUUGCUGUGGUCAUUGGGGUGAGCACAAUGGGGUGACCCCCACCUUGGGGCACGCCAUGGCCCUGCUUUGGGGUGCCAUGGGGACGCGUGGUGCCGGCUCGGCGGGCGCGGUGGGGGUGCGGUGGGGAUGCGGACUCCCCUUCCUGCCGGCCUGGCGUCAGUAAUGAAUGGUAUGAGUUUCCUGCCCGCCCACUGAUUGCUUCCUUAAAGAGCUCCAACGAGCUGCUGCUGCUGCAGCUCCAGCUCCCCACGCCUCGCUCACGGCCCGGCCGGCACCGCUGCACUGCCCAACACAUCUCCGUGCCCCACACCGGGCACCCACGGCCACGCCGGAGAUCCACAGCCAGCCCCGCUGCUGCUCGGCCAUCCCUGGGGGCUGAGUCCCCGUUCCCCAGUCCUUAAGUCUGCCCCAAGCAUAUCUGGUGAUCUGAUGACCCCAAGACCAUCCACCCCGUGCCCUUGCCGCGGCUCCACGGCUCCUGAGUGUCGCGGCGCUGCUCGGGAUGGCUCUGCCGAAGGGACAACACGGCCUCCGCCCGGCACCUCCGCCGGGAGCCAGCCCAAAUCCCCCUCCGCCAUUUGUCAUCUCUGCCAGAUUUACAGGCGGGAGCACUUGGGGCUGGAAGCGCGGUGGCCCCGGCGCGGCUGCCUAAAAACAGCACCUCCCCAGGACGAAGGGGGGGUCUCCGCUCGCCCCCGCCGCCCCCAGCCCCUCUCGGCUGGCCCCGCACGCAGCCGCGGGCCGGCAGGGCCCCGGCGUGACGCGCAGGCAGCGCCCGCCAGCCGCAUUCCUUCGCCGAUAAACCCGGCAGCCAAAAUAACUGCAGCCUGUGCUCGGGGGGCCGAGCACAGCAGCGCCUGCAUCCCAUUUAGCCCGGCUGGCUCACUCCAGCCCUGCGAGGAUUCGGGGUAAUUCCCACUAGAUUCUCCGCCAAGAGCAAUAAUGGACCCCAAGGCAGCAGCCUCAGCCUCCCCUGAGAGCAUUCACUGCACACUGAUGAUGGCCUUUGCUCACCGAGCUGGCAGAGCUGGUGAACAGGAGAGCUGGGGGCUGCUCCCCUGACAGCUGGCAGGAGGGUGAGGGAUGCUCGGGCAGCCUCUCCCCCUGCUCCCACCACACCAACACCACCCCACCAUGCCCACGGCAGCUCUCCUCUCCCUCUCC